AUGAGCUCGACAUCUUUUGGCAGUGCCAACACGGGUCUUCAAUUUGGACAUAACCAUGGGACAAUUAACAUUUACGCAGAGCUGCUCAGGUCACUAGCAUUCCCGCAGAUGCUAGACCGGAAGGACAACAUCGAGGCAUGUCACACAAAUACCUGCGAAUGGAUUUUGGAGUUGGACGAAUACCGGUCGUGGAGGGAUCAGCCCUGUGGUCUGCUAUGGAUUAAGGGCAAGCCGGGUGCGGGCAAAUCGACCUUGAUGGUUUUUCUACACGGCAAACUCCAGAAAUUACAUGACGCUAGCCAUGGUGGUAUUUGGCUCGACUUUUUCUUUACCGCCCGGGGCGUGGAGAUGCAACGUACACCGCUAGGAAUGCUCCGAUCGUUACUGAACCAGAUUUUUGUCCGUGACCCGACUAUACGGCCUCAGGUGCGCGAGAUCUAUGAACAACGAUGUAGGCAGUUUGGAUUCGGUGAACGGAAGUGGCAAUGGCCACGGACGGUGCUAGAAGAGUUACUGGCAAGUGCCAUCCUGGCAUCAGCCGCGAAACAGCGUAUGACCAUUUUUGUGGAUGCGUUAGAUGAGGCUGGUACUGAGUCCGCUCAGCAGCUCGCAGUAUAUUUCCAGCGUCUUGUUGAUCGUGCCGAGAGAAAGAAGAUAGCCCUUCAGGUCUAUAUUUCAUGUCGCCACUAUCCUAUCUUGGAAAGUUCCCAGACAGUAGCGAUACAUGUUGAAGACCACAACCAAGGCGACAUUGCUACAUAUAUCAAGGAUAUGCUUCUUGAGACAGAGUUCGGAGACGCUUCUAGUCAAGGUAUGAGAGAGGUGCUGGUGGAAGAACUAGCCCAGCAAGCUAAGGGUGUGUUCCAAUGGGCCUAUCUUAUAAUACCCCUUAUCAAGCAAAGGGUUACCGAAGGAGAAUCAAUCAGUGAUAUCCGUGAUUGGUUGGGCGAGGUUCCAGCCGGCCUGGAAAAUGUCUACAUAUAUAUUCUGAGCAACGUGAUCGCGGCUAACAAUCGAGUUCAGUCAUUCCUAUUCUUUCAAUGGAUAUGCCUGGCCGAGCGACCCUUGACUGUAGUCGAAAUACGAUACGCAUUGGCGGCUGAAAAUGCUCAAAUAUCGCCGUCUCGAACCAUAUGGGAGAAGCUCCACGGCUUUGUUGAAAGCAAUGAACGUAUGAAGCGAAGAGUCAAGGCUCUUGCUGGUGGACUGGCCGAAGUAGUCUCAAGCGGCAACGACGAGGAGACUAUACAGGUAGUACACCAGUCAGUCAAUGAUUUCUUGCGCGCAAAAGGACUUCUACUUCUCUACCAUAGCAUCAGCGGUAGAACUGGGUCUAUGGAUAUGGACACUAUCCUCUUUCAGUCCCAGGCAACUCUCUACCGAUCGUGCCUGAGGUCCAAAGAUAACCUUGUCUGUGAUCACCCAUUUCUGAAAUAUACGACGAUCAAUAUCUUUAUUCAUGCAGAAAAGGCCGCCGGCUCUCGAGGUGCCUUGCUGUAUAAUGAAAACGACAUUCUGCAAGGAAUGAUCAGUGCUUGGAUUCGAAUAUACCAGUGUCUUGAUCCUAGUAGUGCAGCAUGUCCAGCCAUAGGGACAACUGUUUUACAUAUGGCAGCCUCUGCGAAUCUGGUUGACGUGAUAAUACCCUUGUUGUUAGGCGAUGAGUAUAUUGAAAAAUCAAACAGAGUUGGUAAUACGGCACUACACUUUGCAGCACAAGCUGGACACACUACAGCCGGCAAGAUAUUGCAGGAAAAAGGAGCGAAUCGAGAAGCGAAGAACAACGGCGGAGCGACUCCUCUGAUGGAGGCGGCCAGGUGUGGACAUUUGGGAUUUGUCGAAUGGCUUCUAGAAGAGGGUGUGGAGAUUAAGACAGGAGGUGGAGCUGCGCUACAGAUAGCUGCAUUGAAAGGUCACAGUGGGAUUGUAGAGAUCCUGCUCGAGGCCCGGGCCGAUGUCAAUGCCCAGGGUGGUAAAUACGGCAAUGCCUUACAGGCUGCUGCAGGUGCAUAUAAUGGAAGUGCUGAGACAGUCAAGAUCCUGCUCGACGCUCAGGCCGAUGUCAAUGCCCAGGGUGGUGAAUUCGGCAAUGCCUUACAGGCUGCUGCAUAUAAUAGAAGUGCUGAGACAGUCAAGAUCCUGCUCGACGCUCAGGCCGAUGUCAAUGCCCAGGGUGGUGAAUACGGAAAUGCCUUACAGGCUGCUGCAUAUAAUGGAAGUGCUGAGACAGUCAGGAUCCUGCUCGAUGCUCAGGCCGAUGUCAAUGCCCAGGGUGGUGAAUUCGGCAAUGCCUUACAGGCUGCUGCAUGGAGAGGAAGUGCUGAGACAGUCAAGAUCCUGCUCGACGCUCAGGCCGAUGUCAAUGCCCAGGGUGGUGAAUACGGCAAUGCCCUACAGGCUGCUGCAUGGAGAGGAAGUGCUGAGACAGUCAAGAUCCUGCUCGAUGCUCAGGCCGAUGUCAAUGCCCAGGGUGGUGAAUUCGGCAAUGCCUUACAGGCUGCUGCAUGGAGAGGAAAUGCUGAGAUAGUCAAGAUCCUGCUCGACGCUCAGGCCGAUGUCAAUGCCCAGGGUGGUAAAUACGGCAAUGCCCUACAGGCUGCUGCAUAUAAUGGAAGUGCUGAGACAGUCAAGAUCCUGCUCGAUGCUCAGGCCGAUGUCAAUGCCCAGGGUGGUGAAUACGGAAAUGCCCUACAGGCUGCUGCAUGGAGAGGAAGUGCUGAGACAGUCAAGAUCCUGCUCGACGCUCAGGCCGAUGUCAAUGCUCAGGGUGGUGAAUACGGCAACGCCCUUCAGGCUGCUGCAGGUGCAUAUAAUGGAAGUGCUGAGACAGUCAAGAUCCUGCUCGACGCUCAGGCCGAUGUCAAUGCCCAGGGUGGUCAAUACGGCAAUGCCUUACAGGCUGCUGCAUGGAGAGGAAAUGCUGAGACAGUCAAGAUCCUACUCGACGCUCAGGCCGAUAUCAAUGCCCUAGGUGGUGAAUACGGAUCAUCUCUGUUGGCGGCUAUCUACUCGGGCCAUGCUGAUGUUACUGGAAUUCUUCUUUCUGCUGGCGCAGAUGUAGGCCUUACAGAUGGCCUCGAUCAGACUCCUCUUCACAUUGCAGCUUCAAAAGAUAGGGCUCACCUUCUCUUUCUAUUUCCGCAACUUGCUUCAGCUAUCAAUAAGCGCAACAAGCUCCUGCAAACCCCUCUCCACCUGGCUAUCUGCUUUGGCCACAUCCACUUCGCUAUAAAACUUCUUCAUCUUGGUGCCGACCCUUCUCUUCCAGACGGCUAUGGCAGACAUGCGAUGGACUGGGCCGUCGGGCAAGGAACUUUGAUACACCAAAUACGUAAACGAUGUCCUCGGCUCUCAUUGACACCUCACGAAACUCAAAAAUCAAUUGUUCAACAAUCCCUCUUCCACCUCUCCGAUAUUCUUCCUGAGCUCAGCCCGAAUUACGCAUGCUUCCUUGCCACUCAUAUGAUUAAGGCUAUCUGCAAUUUCUGCCAUAUGUCUAUCACUGGGCCUCGAUUAAAUCCAGAUCAGAAACAUGAAGUCUUUGAGGUGCCUGAACUUCCUGAUAAGGAGUCUCAACUCACCGGACCAGUAUCACAGCAAUUGAUUUACUUCCUCAAUCAACAUUCUUCUGAGCCUCUCGGGGAAAACAACAAGCAAUCCGAGAUGAAGCUAUUGAAAGAUUCCUCAUCUUUACUAUCACGGGAAAUGAAAGCUCUGGUUCCAUACGCUUUGUCAAAACCGCUCCUUGCGACGCUCAACUACGUCCUGACUGCCCGUGGACUGGAGUGUCAAGCCGCCCUGGGCCUGGUUCCAGAUGCUGACGUCAAGAAACCGGACUGGUUCGAGAAGCGGCACGUUUCACACCUGGUCCAGGACUCUGCUCGCUUCGCGGGUGCAGAGCUGGACGAUAACAUUGGCAGUGGCUCAGACCACAUCGAAAAGAUCGGGAGUGCCAACACUGUAGAAGAGGCAGUCGAGGCCGUUGGAGCCGCGGUGCUGGACGAUCUGAGCAAGUUGAUUAUCAUGCCGGUGGACCGGAUCCUGCUUCACCGGACGCUCGAGUCGUACGGAGUCGACUCGUUGGUGGUGGUUGAAUUUCGCAACUGGGUCGUGGCGAUGCUGGCUGCUGACAUCUCGAUUCUCGUCAUUCGUGAGUCCAGGAGCAUUGAUAAUCUGAUCCAGUUGGUCGCGAGUAAAUCGAGAUUGGUCCCAGUCAAGCCCCAAGAAGCUGUGUCGAAGCUAGGUUGA